GGCCCCUCGCCGCAGACAAUACGCCUCGCGGCUGGAGCGCUGUGGACGCCGCCGCCGUCACCACCCGCCGCCACUGCCACCGCCGGACGCGAGGUGAGCCCUCCCGCCCCUGCUGUGACCCUCGCUCCGCUGCCGGCCGCCCCUCCGCCCAGUCCGAGCCCGGCAGAGAAGAAAUGUAUCAAGCAAGACCCCUCUCUAGGAACCUCUUUUUGUACACCUUCCUACAAAACCAUGGCCCAGGCUUCCUGGAUGACCAAGACUCAGGGCUUCCCGGCGUGACCAGUAUCUUGGAGUUCCACUCCAUCUCCCCCUACAGUGACAGUCCACACUACCUGGCCAUGCAGCUGGCCUCCAUUGCCGACGAGAUGGAGCUGAGGUUGCUGCUGCCCCAGUUCGUUGAGCCCUUCUGGAUGCCCGUGUACAGCUUGUUUUUUCCCUACAGCCACGUAGGGCUCAGGGAUGUUCUGAGAAGCUUUAUGGUUGCUUUCACCAACCUCAGGGAGAACCGAAGGCUCUGGAGCUUCCUGACUCUCAGGGACCGGGUGUCACCCAGCCUGUGGCCCGAGCUGGCGCUGUCCCUGCUGGUGGUGGCGAUGCUCAGCUGGGGGUGCCGCUUCCACUGACCGAGCCGCUACUCGUGUGGGGGUGGGGCUGGCCCCUCCCCCUCGACCACCACCCUGGCGGUGGCCCUGUUUUGGUGGUGUUGUCUUUUAACUGUUUUUUGAUGAUGCUUUUUUUUUUAAUUUAAACUCUGAGUGCUGGGACACUGAGGUUCAUACUAGUUUUUUUUUCUUUUCUUUCUUUUUUUUUUGUUGUAAGAGAAAUGAAUUUAUUAUACCUCUGGAGUCGUUACUGGUUAACGACCCACUCUCCCGGCCCCAGCCCGCUCUGCGGUGGCCUGUCCUGAGACGGAGCCUCCCUCUCAUGGGUUGGUCGAACAGGGGGCGGCGGGGGGAGUGCUGGUCACACCCCCGUGUCUGGGAUGCCCGUGGCACAGGGAAUCUGCUGGAAUGGAUUUCUGCGGGGCGAGGAGAGCUCAAUAAAAUGUUGGUUUCCA